CCGGCCCGGAGCCGGGAGCUGCCCGGGGAGCGCAGGCAGCGCGGCGCUCGGCUGCCCGCAUGACAGCGCCCACCACAAAAGCGGGAGAGUGAAUGGCGAGGCUGGCGGGGAGAAGCUGAGGUGUCUCCGAAGCCGAGAUGCCAGCGGCUGUCAGCGAAGUCUGCUGAGGGAGGGACCCGAGCGUGCCCGCGUUCCCAGAGCCAGCCCAGGAGGGGAUGCUUUAACCACGAUUUCCAACAGCAGCGGCAGCAACAACAACAGAUUGCUCCCCCCCGUCUUGCUCCCUCCCUUUCGACCUCGCUUUAAACCCAAGCAAGUGACCGGCCGUCCAGACGAUGAUGCUCUUGCUGAGCCACUGACAAAGACAAGACAAGUCAGCGAUUCCUGAAACCGGGACAACGGGCUGCUUGCAAGUGGGAGAUGUCAGGCUGCUGAACUUUUCUGUCCUGUGAUCGUGCUGUAGUGAGCUUGCUGAUCUGAAAGCCAUCUCUUCUGGAUUUCUGAACGGGCCAGAUUGGAAGAGAUUAAUGGACUGAUCAGCCAUCAGGUCUCUUGAGGGGGAUUCAUCCCUUCAGCCCCUGUCACUCGGGUGCUCGCAGUGAGGGGGUCACUGGUGAAAGGCUCUGUUUCUCCUCACCAGGUCUCCUCUGCAGAGGAGAAGAGGCAGAUGAGACUCCAAGACUGCCUCCAGGGCAGAACUUUGUAGUGCUCUCAGCAUCCCUCUGCAGCGUGGAUGUGAGCCACGGGAGUUGGGGAUGUUUGAGGCAGUCUGUGCCAAGUGACACCUCUAGCAGCUGCUCCGGUGGUUUUUGCGUGGUCUCACCCCCACGGCUUUGCCUGUUGUGAAGAUGUCCAUGGUGUUUCUGUGAAGCUGAGGCAUGGCUGCUGGAAGGUUACUGCUCUAUGCUGGCCUCUCUUUAGCUCUGUGUGCCCUUGGCAUGCUGGCUGUGGCAAUCUGCUCUGACCAUUGGUACGAAACUGAUGCCAGGAAGCACAGGGAGAGGUGCAAGAGCAUCACCACUAAGAGAAAUGAUCCUGGCUUCAUUUAUAACUCCAACAACAACCUGCCUCUCAGGGCCAGCAGGUCUAGGUUGGACCGCUGGGAAGGGAAACUCCUCUUGGCAAGAAACAGGAGGCAGAUCUUUGCUAUGAGCGCAGUCGACGAGUGCAACAGACAGUACAACUCCACCAAUAUGGGGCUCUGGAGGAAAUGCCACCGACAAGGCUUCGACCAGGAGCUGGAGGAGCUGAUUGCCAAAGGAGCAAUUGAGAGGUGCUCGUACAUCAAGUACCACUACUCCUCAGCCACCAUCCCCAAGAACCUCACCUACAACAUCACCAAGACAAUCCGGCAGGAUGAGUGGCACGCCCUGCAUCUGCGCAGGAUGACGGCUGGCUUCAUGGGCAUGGCUGUGGCCAUCAUCCUCUUUGGAUGGAUAAUUGGCGUGCUGGGGUGCUGUUGGGAUCGAGGCCUUAUGCAGUAUGUGGCAGGGCUUCUCUUCCUCAUGGGAGGAACCUUCUGCAUCAUUUCACUGUGCACGUGCGUGGCUGGAAUCAACUUUGAGCUGUCCCGCUACCCGCGGUACCUGUACGGACUCCCCGACGACAUCAGCCAUGGCUACGGCUGGUCCAUGUUCUGUGCGUGGGGGGGCCUGGGCCUCACUCUCAUCUCUGGCUUCUUCUGCACUCUGGCCCCUUCUGUCCAACCUGUCCCCAGGACCAACUGCCCCAAAUCUAGACCUGAGAAUGGGACAGUGUGCUAAAACGAAUAGUGAACGAAUACACACACACACAGAUGUAUAUAUAUAUAUAUAUAUGCCUAUGUAUGCCUAUACAUGCAUAUAUAUGUAUAUAUAAUUAUAACUAUAUAUAAAAUCUCAAAUUAACGCCAGUGCCAAGGUAGAGUUGAGUCCAACGCAGCACUCACAUCUCCACGGGACUCUGUGUUGCUUCAUUGUUUCUCACAGUGAUGGGAAAGCUUUUCUCUCACAUGGCUCUUCCAUCCAACUCUUAACUUCAGCAUCAUACCUUAGAGGUCAAAUGAACCUACAGUUGCACCUACCUACUGCCAUUUGGGAGGGGGAACAGGGGAUCCAUGUGGGGAAUCUGGAACCAGAAUCUGUACAGGACAUGGUGGGGGCAGAGGCGUUGGGGGGAUGACAUAAAAAGCGUGUCCAUUGCAGCCAGAAGGGAAAAUGCUAACAGCAAGCAAAGGAACAAAUGAAGCAUUUGAGCCACUUCAACAACGUACCUCCUCAAGGCCAUUAUGAGAAACCCACCCACGUCCUUUUUCUUUCUUAAAACAAAAUUACAGAAGCCUGUCGUGUCAUUGGUUUUGGGGUUUUGUUGGGUUUUUUUCCCUCCUUAAAAUGAAGAAACAAAAUGGACAGAAUGUGUGAUGAAAAGUAGAAAAGCAUUUUCUCUUUGCCUGCCAAACUCUAGAGAGAAGCCAACAAGUGAAAAUAAUAAUAAUAAAUAAUAAUAAUAAUAAAUAUCUAAGAAAAUAGAACCAGAAAACAAUAAAAAUCUCCAAGAGAACAUCUCAGCGGACUUUCCAACAAUGCGGUUUUAAUCUUCCAGCUGCCUUACAUCCAGGCUUACAACUGAGGCUGAACUGCUAAUGCAAACGCAGCAGAAGGCCUUUUGAAAAUGCUGUGAUACAUGUGUGUAUUACUUUUUCUUCCCUCUUACUUUAAUUUUUUUUUUUUUUUAAACAAAAAAGAAAAAUUUAAAACCUUGCAGUGUGAUUGUCCACUAAGCCAUCCAUGCUGUGUUUGUGGCCCAAGACUGAGGCACCGCCACGGCACCAUCAGGUCUGAGACAGCGCUUCUCCUCUGGUGGAUAUCAGCACGUUGUUUUGGUUUCUUCAUGGAGCUUCUGAAAGUUCAGGAUGGUGGAUCCAGGGGAAGACUGACCAAGGAGAAGGGAGGUUGGGGGGAGGCCUGGUAGCUGUUCUUCCCAGGCAUUUGCUGGAAUGGGAUUUCAUCAAGUUUCCAGUUUGGACGUUUGAGACAACUGGGCAAAAGCCAUUAUGGAGGAGGAAAAGGGAGCUCAUUUCUGUAGAAGAGAAGUAAGAGAUGCCUCUCAUUGUGUUCAUGUAUGCCAAAUAAGACCUUCCCACAUCUUGUCUUUGGAAACUGCCCCGGUUCGCUGGACAUCUCCUCUCUCCAUCUGGGAGAACUGUGUACAGAUGGAUGUGAAAGGGUCAGAUGCAGAGAACACAGAUCCAUUUCCCAUGAGCUUAAGCAUUGUAUGAUGUAACUGUGAACCUGCAAAUGGAACUUUCUCUCUUUUUCUGGUCUUUCUCUUUUUCCUGCUACUCCUCUUCCUAUUGUCUCCUUUUUCCUUCCCUCUGCUCUUCCCAUUGUUCAGGUCAUAGGUCCCAGAAGAGCUAAAGGAACAGCUAAGUUUGGAGAGGUGGGUGAAUGCCAUUAGAGGAAGAAAAGCUGUGAGGACACUGGGUCCUUGCAGAGUACCAGUGGCUGAGGGGAAGGUGGGGAAGAGGGGCCAAGGGUGUAGCCAAAGGGACUCUGAAGAAGGAUGACUGAAUUGCCAUGUGUAAGAGUGAGGUCACCACUGGUAAAUAUGCAGGCAAAGGGAGACAGGACAAAGAAAAAAAUGUCUCCCCAAAACCAAUCCAACUCUUAAUUCAGGGAUAGUACCAGCAAUCCUUUCUUACAUGAUAGCUGCAUGAUAUCAGUCCUCAUUAGUCAAUAAGAAGUCGUCUUCUCCAUCUAAAAUAUCUCACUAGGAGAAGGAGCCUGUGCCUGCUGCACAGAAAUGCAGGUGAUAAUUUCCAGGUCAUGGCAUUUACACAGCUGGCAAGAAAGAGUAUUGCUUGGUUUAAAAAUAUCCAGCUAACAAAUAAUUCUUACACAUGUAUUAACAAUGCUCAAAGAAAUGAAGUUUCUAGAGGGGGUGUUGGAGUAGAGUAGAUUUGAGUUUCUUCCAUUCUUGCUCAGCCACCUAGCUUUUGUUUUCUGUUGUCUACAGUUUCCCCAAACAUGCCAAUGCCAGCUGCUAAGUCAGUGUGUUUCCACUGAAGUGCCAUCCGUGUCAACUGAAGUUUCACAAUUUCAUUUUCCAUUAGAUGUGACCAGAGAAAUUACUUAUUUAUUCAAGUUGAAAAUACAAGCCUUUUGAAGAAGCUUCGUUUUUAAAGAUUGGUUUAUUUAUUUUUUUUUCUGGGAAGGUUUUCAAAUAGAGUGGUUUUGAAAAAGUUUUGAAGUCAUUUGACUGUGCAAGUGCCUACUUGGUAAGGAGGUUGAUGAAUUGCCAUUGAACAGAAGAAGGAAAUUUAAAACAAAAACAGCCUUGGAGAGCUAAAUGAAAGCUGAAUGCAGAAAACCAAUAACUGGAAACCAAAAAAGACCUAUAAAAUUGUUCCUUUCUUCAAAGCUUGAAAAAUUUUGGAAAAAAAGAACAACUUCUUGGUAAGAAAUUAUUAGGAAAAUUACAGCUGUUUAAUUCAAACAGCUUUGAAUGCAAACUUUCUUCCUCCUCUGCAGUGCUGAAUGUGAUAGGAAAGGUGUUUUGUGUAAAUAUAGAUAUCUGGAGUGACACAGGUAAACCAGAGUCACAGAGGUACCUGUCUGGAAUCUACCAUCAGGCCCUGUGGCAGGCAGAGCAGUACAGCAGCUCCUGUGAUGAUGUAUCCUUGUGUGGUCCAUGAGGGUUCACAGGGUGUAUUCUACAGAUACAGUUUUGAAAGAAGUAUAGCAGUAAGAUUUUUUUUUAAAUGAAAGUAUUUUUGCUGUUUGAUGGAUUUUCAAAGGUUUCCUUUUUUUCUGCAGCUGGCAUAAAACCAGUUUUGCCUUGAUGAAGUAUUCCCUGAUGGUGUUGGUUUACAAGCUGUAUAUAAGCCUGUGUGUCUGUCUGUGUGUGGCAGUGGUGGAAGAGGGUUAUGGUUCUUUUUAUUUACAACAGGAAAGUGUUGAUUCUGAAUCUUGGGGCCAGUUCUGUGCUUUUCCACUUACUCUAGCAUAGGGUGUGUAAGGCCUGUGUGGCUAUGAAGCAUCUUAAAAGCUAUGGGAAUGUCUGAAGCAGCAGGUGAUCAUGUCACCUUAAUCUCCAGCUGGAUCCCCAAAAGGACCAUUUGUCCAAACACAGCUCUCAUCAUUGCUUUCAGUAAGGGCAGAACCCCUUUGGGAGAUGGUGAAUUUCCCUCUGUGCUUCUCAAAGAACUGGGAGGAUUCCCAUGUGCUUCCACCCCCUGGACAGGGGGGCACAGCCCCACCACACCUUCUGUGUGCUCAGACUUGUCUUUAGAGCAGGGCUGAUCCAAAAUACAUCCACAUGCAAAUUUGGGAUGGUCAGUGUCUCCAUCUCUCCUGAGCUGAAGCACACUCACAGCUACUCUGAGUUUCUGCAUUUUGGGGGAGGCUUUGAAGUGUCUUUCUGAGCAGAGAUUGAAGCUUUUUUAUGCGUGGUUUCUUAGUUGGAAGAGCAUCUAAUUAGAAAUCUGUUAUCAGUGAUCCCAGCAUUAAGGGGCUUGACCCUGUCCCUCAGAUCUGCUCUGGCCAAGUUCCUAAGCAUGUGCUUUACUUGGGGCAUGUGACUAAUCCCCUUAACUUUGGUUGACUAUUCAUAUGCCUAAAGUCAAGAAUGUGCUUUCCUGGAUGACAUUCAGCUUCCUGCAGAGUCCAGCCCACGCUCUUCUUUUCCCAUCCUUCCCCUGUAGAUAAAGUGACACUCUGUCCCAGCCUGAGCAACCAGUGUGUUCUUGGUCUCCCUUUCUAUGAGGUGGAAAUGCAGGAUCCAUACUUGGCAGGAUCUUUCCCACAUGUAGCCUUUCACCUUGCCCUUCUGGGACACACAACUCUUUGCUCCAGAGUUCACAGAGCCAUUGGAGUGCAGUGAGUGCAGAUAUCCUAAAAGGCCCAUCCUAGGGGUGCAAGGAUGAAUUGGCCCCACCCACUGCAAUCUGCAGGCUGAGGUUUUGUGUGUGGUGACUCCGUUGUGCUGCCCUGUGACUGUAAUGAGUCAGCUGCAGGGGUUCUGCUGUCUGUCCCUACUGGGACACUGUACAUGGGAAGGGACCAUGUGGCAGGAGAACAUGUGUCCUGUAUCCUAUGUACCCUUUAGUACAUCUCCUUCUUCAGGCUGAAGCUGUUUGUGUUUUAAAUUUCCUGACCCAUAUUAGCCGCCUGUAUAUAUCAUCAAUCCCUUCUUCCUCUCUGCAAACAAACAGCUGAUCUUUCCUCAUCAAAACAGUACAGUCCCUCCCAGUUCUUUCUCUAGUUGGGUUUUUUUUUCCUUCUGCCCCAGGAACAGUCACAAGUGGAUCACAAACCACCAGUGACCAGAGAAAUUUCUUUGAAAUAUUGUUUUUGAAAAAAUAGUCAUUACUUCUUAAAAUGUUAUUCCAGCUGCAAUAACAAAUGAAAGGGGGAAAAAAGCAUCCUCAGAGUUCUCUAAAGAGAGGAUCCUCAUCCUCCCAGGAGUGAAUUGUGAGAGUGCAGGUAUUCUGUUUUCCUGUGGAUGCAAGUUAUUUGGGAGCAUUUUUGGCUCUGGCACAUUAGCUGUGCAGUUCAAUGCAUGGUGAAUAAAGCAAAGUUGGUGAAGGAGGGGAUUGAUGUCCAGGGGCUAGCUCAGAUUCCCAAGCAUUCCUGGAAGAUUUACCCACCGUGCAGCACCUCCAAAUCAGGCUCAUCCCUGGAGCCUCACUGAUAAGCAGAGCUCAGAAGAAAAUCACUGUAAUCUGUCCUUAAUUCUUGAGCGCCACGCUAACUGCCAGCAGCGAAAGGGAGGGAAAAUAAUAUGUUACCAAGUAUAGCUUGAAUAAAGACAUGCAUUAUUCGGGCUCCUUCUUCUGUGUGUCUCUACAUUGGCCUACAAGUUCUACAGGAGUGUUCAGGCACAUUUGCACAAACCACCAGUGCAUUUUCUUGCCCCCAGGUUUCCCACUCCUUCAGGGUCCACACCGCUGUGCUCAUCCAGCCAGCAAGGGAAGGCUCAAGGUGAAAAACUGAGACAGCUCUGAGUGAUUGCCAGGUACCAAUGACAGACAAAGAGUUAAAAAUGGGCAUGAAACACCAACAGCACGUAAAGAUUAGCAACAGAUGAAUUUCCAAGGUGAGGAACCAAAGUUCAAAAAAGCCUAAAGUUUGAUUGCUAACUCCAGGCUAGAUCCAUAAAAUCUUGGUUCUGCCAGUCUAAGGCGAAAACUCAAAAAACAGGGUUUAGCUCAAAACUUGUAGUCCACUGCUUCCAGUCAUAUAGUCCACUGUAUUCCAGCCAGGAAUAUAAUGCAACUAUUCCAUAGUCUGUUGAGGUUCAUAGAAAGCUCAGGUGCCUUAGAAAAUAUUUUAGUGCUGUCUCGGUUAACACCGAAAAUGAGAUGUGUGCUUACACACUCAUGAUAUCUCUGGCUUUAGAAAGUCAUCAGAUGCUACCUCCCCUCCCUCCCUGCCAUCCCCCAGUUCAACUUAAGCUUUCCAUCCUUUAUGCCCCACUAUCACCCCAAUCAUACAGCCUUCUUCAGAGCCAUAAUUAUAGACUGCACCAUUUUGACAACAAAUGCUGCUGGUGCCAGAUCUGGAGCCUGAUACAGUGCUGUCAAUUUAAUUGCAGUAUGCCUUGCACAAGUUUAGGAUUUAACUUGAGAAAGAGUCUGGAUGACUGCCUCCAUAGAGGCCACAAGAGGGAAAUUAAAUUCUGGUCAUCCCUAGUAAAGCACUCCAGAAUCACAGAUCAAUUGUCCUUCCCUUGCUCAGGAAGGGAAGACUUUCAAUGAAAAUAUCAGUCUCAGAUAGGUUUUCUCCAGGGGAAAGUGGGAGAGUGAAAAAAAGGAGACCCAACAGCAGUUGCUUCAAAAUUGGUAGAAUUCUGUGAGGGUAAUCCAGUGUCACCCUCAGCAUCAGGAAUUGUCAGUCCCUUCUAGGACUGCACACUUACGCUCUUCCUUCAGUGAUUAACACCCCUGCACAGUGGCAAAAAGUGACUUCCAAAGUUUCCUUGCAUAGGGUGUGUACACAUGGGCACCCUCACUUCCUUCUUUCCUUAAACACACAUGGGCACAUCCCACAUCAUGUGGAUGCCAGGAACCUGCAAAAGUGUCCUAAAUAGAGAGAAAAUACCUAGCAAAAUGCAGCACAGUUGUUCUCCUUUCUUUUAUACUCAACAGCUUCAGCAUCUAAUUCCUCUUCAGACAGUGAAUAAAAAACUAAAUGCUUUGGGUGCCUACAUAUUUUUUUAAAUUUAUGAGCUCCUAAUUUGCUUAAGCUCUCAUGAUGUUUUAUCUCAAGAAGAGUUUUCUUCUGGCUGUAGAGCAUAAAGCUGUAUUUUUUUUUUACAAAGAAUUAUUCAUUAACAAUAUAGAUCAUAAGAAAAAGGUUUGAGUAAUCAGAACAACAAAAGUGCAGCCUUAGACUGUUCAGUUAGAGUGUACUGAAUUAUUUAUAACUCCUGGGCACCAACAGCAAUCACAGAUAUCUAAUUUAAACUGUUACUAUUUUUACUUGGCAAUUUCCAUCACUUAGAGUGUUUAUAUCUAUGUAUUUGUGGUUUGAUCUUUUGCAGGACAAAAUUUCCCCUACUUACACAGAAAAGCAUAUUUAAGAACUUUUGAAGGUAUUUUUGUGCAGUAACUUUAUUUUAAAGCAUUUUGAGGCCUAGUAUGGCAGGCUUUACAACUUUCAAAACUGUAAACUGUAUCUAAAAGGGGCUUGAACUUUCAGUACUUUCUCAAGUAAAAUUCUCUUUGAUUACAGGUCAUGGGGAUCAAGGAGAAAUUUGUUUCAUUAGAAGAUGUAAGACUGGGUCCUAUUUAUGUGUAUAUGUGAUCAGGGGACUUAGGUAUGGGGGCUGCACUUCUAUGUCAGUCCACUUAAGGAUCUUUUGCACAGAUCUUGGAAAAGUCACUCCAACUUUCUACCAAUCUCUUUUUGUAAAACAACAACCAUUAUACUUGUGUGUGGCUGGAAUAAAUCCUUACUAAACCUUGCCCAUAGGCUGACACACAUAUACUUGUAUAGAUGUGUAUAUUUGUAUAUAUAUUUGUAAAUUUAUGAAAAAUGUCCAUAUCUUCAUGGUUGCCUGAAAUAACCUGAGGUUGAUGUACAGAAUUUCAGGCAAAGGACUGUUUCUUUUUCACAAUCCUCAUGUAUCUCAGACUGAAACCAAAACAAACUAAAAAGUACUAUUUCCCAGGAAAAUCCUCAUUUUGCCAUUGCACCAGUUGAGGAGGGGUACCACACUUAGGUCAGCAGCACGCACAUCCACACGUACAUCCAGUCAAAGGACUGGGUCUCAAGGGCUUUUUUUAAGGAAAAGGAAUGGACUGAAAAGGCAAUGGUAGAAUUUCUCUUCAGCAUUAGCUCUCUCAAUUGAUUCUCUUGUCCUUUAUCAGAAGGCCCUUUGUACAGAUGCUGUUCUCUUUAGAUGUACAUUUGGGAGGAGCACCUUUGUGGAUGACACUGAGCCACCAAAAAGCCAGGAUUUUCUGACUGCCUUUGUCCCCAUUAACCUUAGACACUUAACUGAGUUCAUGAUGUUAAUGGGCUCAUCUCCUUUGGCUUCUUGUACAGGUAGUGAAGAGAGACUGUUGCUCACUGACAUCCAAGCUUUAGGAGCUCCUUCUGGCUUCAUGCAAUGACCACUCACCUGUCUUGGGUGAUCCCAAGGUCUUAAAAGAGCAGAAAUCCCGGUGAGGUGAAUCAGGUACCCAGUGCAGAAGAGCAUGCAGUGCAGAUCAGCCAUGUCUGUGUGCUUUGGGUGCGUGGCCUGGGCUCGCCUGUGAAACACAGGUUUUCAUUGUGAAAGCUUGUUGGAACAAAAGGAGAUGUUCACAACAGCCUUCCCCUCCCAAAAUGCACCAUGAUUGCAAAGGAUAGGGCUUGUCCCAACCCCUGGAAAUAGCAUUUGAGGUGAGUGCCUUGUGGUGGCCUCCAGGCACAGAGCACUGUGCUGGAGGUCAGAGGUCUUUGGUCUGAACUCUUCACCUUUCUCUGCCAGUCCUGGGCAUUGCUGAAGCAGUUCAAAGAGUGAAUUUAUAUCCUAAACAUUUGAACAGCUGAGCUGUUCAAAGGUUACUUUUCUUGCUUUAUCCCCAAACUGGCCUGGAAAAGUCAUCUAGCUGGUGUUGAUAAUCAAAAAUUCUCCUCCAAGAUACAGUCUGGGUAGUUUUGUUUUUUUUUUUUUUUAAUGUUAAUAACUGCUUUACAAACAGCUUACAUGGAGAUUAAAGAGAUUGCAAUUUCAUCCCUUAUUGUUGGGAUUAUAGUUGUCCUCAGAAAAACCAAACUGAGAACUCAACAAGAGGAUGAACUGUGGCUAUUAUUCAGAAAUCUGCUCUGACAAGGCUGAACAUACAUCUCCAUCUCACGGUGAGAGUUUCUCAGAGACAAAAUUUGGAACUGCAUAUUGGUAGAGAGUCUAUCUAGAAGGACCAGCAAUUUAAUCUAGUAUUAGAACUUUGGAACUCUUGUAUAGUCCCAUAUAUUACCUGAAUAAAACAAACACAGUCAGAGGAGUGGGGAAAUUAAACUGAUUUCUGAAAACUCUAAGGCUAAGUGAACUUUGGAUCUUGUGCCAAUGUAUGGUCACUACUAUUUGUUUCUACAGCUAAAUUUAAGCCAGUUACUUGACAAUCUUCACCCAUCUCUCAGAACAACUUUAUUUUUGAAAAUACUGUAAAGGUUUUGGUAAGAGGGACUUCAGCUGACUGCAGGGAACUGUAAAAUGAAGACUGAAUACUGUGUACUAGUACUUAAGGAAAGACUUUAGUUAGAAAGUGGAAGACAAAGCUGAGUUCCAGGAAUCAAAUGUUAUUUUUUAGCAUGGUACUACCUUGCCCAAGCUGUAGUGUAUCAUCCUGACAUUCUUCUCCUGUUCCCCCUUUCCCUUUUUUGAGGAGUAAGAUAUAGAUCUCUGUCUCCCUCUCUUCCUCUCCCUCCCUGUGUGUGAGAAUACAGACAUGCUUCUUGUAAAGACAUUUUUUUCUAAAUUUCAUUCCAUACCAGCUCUUGCAUAUGUGACUGUUUUGUUAUUUGAGAUGUCUGUGAAAAAGAAAUAAAGGCUUUAAGAGUGAACUCUGGAAAUGGGGAGGAACUUGAGAAUAUAUCAGAUUUAAGGAUGCAGCACCAUUUUCUGCAAGAUUUUUGAGAAUGCUCCUAAACUCUCAUCCUCACUCUCCUGCCCUCCCUCUCUGUGAGAGGGAUGAGGAAGGUACUGGGAUGUGAGACUCUCAAAGGUUGCUCUUUAACUGUUGACUCACUGUGUCCCACAAGGAUUUUGCAGUUUUUUUCAGAGUUUUAGUGUCAAACAAAACCUCUUUUUAAGAGGUGAUAAAGCCAAUGCACAAUAUUGGGUGGGAGGAGAUUCUAAGGGGUGACUCCAUACCAGCUUGUCUUUGUUUCCCAUUGUUUUCAUGCUUGUCCAGCCAUGCUGGGCUCACUUUGCCAAGGUGUGGCUUGCCAGGAGGGGCCUGCCUGACCUCUCACCCCCUGAUACACUUGGGUAAUGUUGGAUAACUUUCCACUUUCAAAAGAAACCCAUCUCACCUCCGAAUGAAAGCCAUAACCACUCCUGUGACCCUGCCACAGGCUCCAUGGGACAGAGCAAUGCCUGGUAAGGUAAAAUAAUGUGUGGAGCUCUUGGCUCCAGUGUCACCUUCCCCUGCAAGCUCCCCUGCUACUCAUGAACCUCUCAGCCAGUUCAGCACGGGGGUCUGACUCUGGCUCUCCCACUCGUGCCCAUGGGAAAUGUGUGUGGAUGUGCAGAGCACUCCUGUGUGGGGGGCACGAGCGUUGGGUGCAAGGGGCAGGGAGAAACCAGGCACGCUGGACUCCCCACCUUCCACUGGAGAUAUUUGCUCUUCAGGAUUUCUUCUGCCCCAACCACAUGCUACCACGCUGGCCAAAAGUUUUUGGAGGGUUUCCCUUUCUUGACUCUCUCAUUUUUUCCCUAUGAUUUUUUUUUUCCUUGCUCAGAAGAAAUGAAGCAAUUCCCAUAAUCAUCCUUUGAUGAUGAUGAAAGUUGCAGUCAUCACUGUUUCUAAUUGACAGUUUGGGAGGCUUAGGAUAAUAAUUCACUUAAAUGCCUGCAAAUUGAAGUACGUCAGCACUUUCCUAGGACAUUCCCAAGUGAAAUAAUAUGACUGGUACAGGACAUUUGUCAUGUGGGUACAUCUUGGCCAGCUGUUUAUGUUUCCUAUAAGUGCAGUACACACACAUCAAAGCUGGAUUAAGAAAGACCUAGAAUGCCACAACACUCAGGCAUAUUCAGAGAAAUGCAGCAAUACAUCACAUUUAUCUGGCAUAUUUUCUCUAUAGAAAAUUUUCCAAGUGAGAGUCCCAUCAGACCUGUCUGAGGCAGAUAGGUAUUACAGCCAUUUUGGAGAUGGGAAGCCAAAAGCCUGGGGAAAGACUUUCUCUUUAGUGGUUUGAAGCCCCCUCACAAAUUCUGCCAGCUGCAAGGUGGAGCCUUCUCUUUUCAGCACUUUUGAAAACCCAGACAGUAGCUGGGUUUACUCAAAUCUGUGGUGGCUGUAAAUGUGAAACCUGGGAUUAGGACACUCAGGAUCCUGAUUUCUUCAGAGCACUUCCACAGAGCUUUGAUCCCACAAAGCACUUGCCUAAUUUCAAGCAUAAUUUUCCCAUUAAGGAUGCUACUGUCAUGCUUAAAGCUAGGCACAUGCCUAAGUGCUUUGCUAGACUGGGAAUUACACUGAAAUAGAUAUGAAACUUCAACAUAUUUUGAGAAGUCCAAAAGCAUGUCCAUUUCUGAUUAUGAUUUGGGCAUUGUAAAGGAUGUUUGAACUGUGUAUGCAGCUGCUCAGCCAAGUGGAGUACUUUUUUAGCCAACAUACACAGUUUUAGGACUUUUGGGUAGUAACAUCCAGUUGCCAGAAGUAAUAGUGACAUGUCCUGUGAGGCUGGGACCUCUGUGCUGCUCUAAGAGGUGAAGUGGCUCCUGUGACCAUCGGUGCUAACAAUACAUCAACAACCACUGACUAUUUUGUUAGGUUGUUCUGGUGAGAUGUGAGUGUGGUGGCUAAUUUCACAAGUAAUGUGACAUCAAGUGUAUUGUACUUUUCCAUUUCUUCCUGUAAUCUGUCGCAGCAGAGGUGAACAGAAUUUGUUUAAACAUGAAACACCCCCAGUUUUCUUGUUCUGUUAAUCCAAGGUGCUAAUCUGCAGACACACGGGUGUUUGUGUACAUGCAUCAGUGUUUGCAGUUUGUGGCCCUGAAGGAACAUUUCAGUGGCAGGGUUGAGAUCAGGGAACUAGCAGGGAGAGUGAACAAACCCCUAUAAACUUUGAAAGACAAGAGUUGCAGAAAGCAUCACAGGACUUUGCCAAACAACUGGCUACAUCUUACAAUUUCCCUUUUGUUUUGAUUUGGUUUGGUUUUGGUUUUGUUCAGAUUGGCACAGAAUACUGUAUUUCCAUCAGUUAAAAUCUUGUCUGGUAAAUAACUAAACAACUUGUUCAUGGAAAAUUAAAAAAAUAAAUAAGUAAAUUGUCAGUUGUGGAAUGUAAACUGAUUAAACAAAUAAAAAAAUCAUGUUGUGUGUUUUAAGA